AUGGCGAAGACGAAGCCCAUGGCGGCGGCGGCGGGCGAGAAGAAGAAGAGCAAAGGAAAGAAGAAGGGCAAGAACGGCCCGGCCAAGGUGGCCAUGAAGGCUCGUGGCGCGGCGGCGGAGGAGCGGAGCAACCCGUUCGAGGCCAUCUGGUCGCGCCGCAAGUUCGACGUGCUCGGCAAGAAGAGCAAGGGCGAGGAGCGACGCGUAUCGCGCUCCCGCUCCGAGGCCAUCCGCAAGAGGGAGAACACGCUGCUUAAGGAGUUUGUGGAGAGCGGCAAGUCGUCCGUGUUCCACGACCGGCGUAUCGGCGAGAGGGACGACACUCUGCCCGAGUUCGACAAGGCCAUCCUUCGCCAGCAACGCGAGCGCUUGGCCAGGUUGAAACGAGAAAGCAAGUACAAUCUAUCUGAUGACGAUGAAUACGAAGCCAAUGUUCAUAACAUGCUCUCGGAAAAGGAUGAUUUUGAUGAGGAGGUGCCUCUCGAUGAUGGGAGCGAUGAUGAAGGUAAAAUGGUCCUCUCAAAGAAGCGCUUAUCUCUCCAAAGUGACGACCAUCCUUCAGUGACUGAUCUGCCACAAGAAACACAUGCGAGUUUCAUAGCCACAGGGCAGAAGAGCAAGAAGGAAGUUAUGACGGAAAUCAUUUCAAAGAGUAAAUUUUAUAAGGCCCAAAGAGCCAAGGAGAGGGAAGAGGAUGAACAUCUUGUGGAAAAGUUAGACAAUGAUUUUGCAUCAUUGGCCCAGACACAGGCGUUAUUGUCCUUAACUGAGUCAGCUAAGGUCAAGGUGAACAAAAAUGAUCCAAGUGCUGGCUUGACGGGGAAGGAGAUUUUUAACAAGGCAAAGGCAGAUACAUAUGAAAAACUGGUGAAAGAAAUGGUGAUGGAUCAACGUGCUCGGCCUUCUGAUAGAACUAAAACCCCAGAGGAAAUAGCACAAGAAGAGAAAGAACGUCUUGAGAAGUUGGAGGAGGAGCGCCAAAAAAGAAUGCUUGGAACUGCUGAUUCAUCUGAUGAGGAUGAUGACAACGAGGACGAUAAGCACAUGAAGCUAGGUAACUCAAAACCUAUAUCUGGAGAUGAUCUUGGUGAUUCCUUCUCUGUGGAUGAGUCAAUAGGAAAGAAAAAGGGCUGGGUUGAUGAAAUUUAUGAAAGGGAAGGUAGAAAGAUUGGUGAUGAUGCAGCAGCAUCUGAUGAUGGAGAAAGCGAUGAUGAAAAUGCUGGUGAUGAUGGGGCUGAUGAUGAAGAAGAUUCUGAAGAGGACUCCAGUGACAAUGACUUUGGUAAUAUGUCUGCUAGAGAUUGGGAGCAAAGUGAUGAUGAUGAGGUUGAUGUAGGAGACGAUGAAAUGGAGGAUUUCAAAGAGAAGGAGCAAGAGAUCAAUGGCAAAGUGGUGGACAAGGAUGCACACAAUUUGAAAGGAGAAUCUAAUGUGAAGCCACAAGUCAAGGAUGGCAGUAUUCCUUUUGUUAUUGAUGCACCAAAUGACCUGAAAGAUCUAUCCUCUUUGCUAGAUGGUUGUUCAGAAGCCGAAAUAAUUGAGAUUAUUAGUCGAAUACGUACUUGCAAUUCAAUAAGGCUUGCAGCUGAAAACCGAAGGAAAAUGCAAGUUUUCUAUGGUGUUCUUCUGCAGUACUUUGCAAUUUUAGCUACCCAAAGUCCAGUGAAGUUCAGAAUAAUUGACACACUUGUAAAGCCUUUAAUUGAGAUGAGUGGAGAAACUCCAUAUUUUGCUGCCAUCUGUGCAAGAGAGCGACUUAUUCAUACACGUACCCGUCUAUGCGAAGAUAUUAAGGCUCCAGGAAAGAGUAGCUGGCCAAAUUUGAAGAUAUUACUUCUGCUGAGAUUAUGGUCUCUUAUUUUUCCCUGCUCCGACUUCCGCCAUGUCGUUGCAACUCCAUUGCUUCUACUUAUGUGCGAAUAUCUGAUGCGGUGCCCUAUACAAUCUGGUCGAGAUGUUGCUGUUGGUUCUUUCUUGUGUUCAAUGGUGCUUGUGGUUACUAAAGAAUCUAAAAAGUUCUGCCCUGAAGCAAUUGGUUUUCUGCAAUCUCUUUUGGUGACAUCUCUUAAAGGAAAAGUGGGAACUCAUCUGCACAAUCAGAUUAACGAUCAAUUUAUGGAGCUCAAGACUUCAAAACCAUGGCUCAGUAUCCAUGAUCAAGUGCAUGAGGUGAAUCCAGUGAAUAUCCUAGAAAUAGUUGGCAUGGAUCCUGACGCCCCUUAUUUCUCAUCUGAUAACUUUAAGACUGGUGUACUUUUAUCUGUGGCAGAAUGUUUAAGAGGUUUUGUUAUUAUACAUGAAGGGCUAUGCUCUUUCCCAGAAACCUUCCUUCCAAUAUCCUCUUUGCUGCAAGAAAUUUUGGAGAGAUCUGAGUUGCCUGGCACGUUACAAGACAUUUUCCAUGAAAUCAUUGACUUGGUUAAAAAGAGAAGUGAUGAACACCAUGCUUCAAGAGAGCCCCUCCGAAUGCGGAAGAAGAAGCCUGAACCAAUCAAGCAAUUGAAUCCAAAAUUCGAAGAGAACUACAUCAAGGGUCUUGAUUAUGAUCCGGACCGAGAAAGGGCACAAAUGAAAAAGAUGAGGAAGCGUGUCAAGAGUGAGAUGAAGGGGGCGAAGCGUGAGCUGCAAAAAGAUAAUUAUUUCCUGGCUGCUGUGAAGGAGAAGGAGAGGAGGAAGCGAGAUGAAGAGAGAGCUGAGAUGUAUGGAAAAGCCAUGGCUUUCCUUCAAGAACAGGAAAGUGCUUUCAAAUCUGGACAGCUGGGGAAGGGAAAGGGCAGGAAAAGGAGGCGGUGA